AUGGUAGACGAUCUAAUCCGUGUGGUGUCGGACCUACUGGGCCGUUCCGGCCCGAAACACCAGCGCUUCAUGGACCUCCAGGAGCUCUUCACCGAGACGAGCCUGGAGGUCCAGGGGAUACAUAGCGUCCGGUGGCUCUCUCGGGGGGAUGCGUUGCUUCGCAUCCUGGCAGUGUGGCCUGCUGUCAUUGUGUUCCUGCAAGAGUUUCAUUCCGCAAUGUUUUUGCUCGCCACUUCCUACCGUUUCCACUUCUUCAUGUACUUUCUUGCGGAUGUUCUUGAGCAGUUGAACAUUCUGAACAGGGCAUUCCAGCAGCGCCAGUCUUCCCUUUCUGACCGAUGCCUUCAGCUGGACCUUGUCUCGCUGCACGGUCAGAUCAAGCGCACGACAACACAUAUCGAGAGCCGAUAUGUGGAUUGUGGGGACGACUUUGGCGGAGGCUUCAGUCACUGGCUGUCGCCCUUCAUCGAGCGUUACGGCCCCGGAAAGGACCGUGAGGUGACAGUGGAGGUGCCCGACUCCGAUGGGCGACCAGCAACAUUCAAGUUCACGCUCCACGAGGACAAGGUCAAAGGCUACGAAGGCCCGUGUGAUCACGACGCCUGUGUGGAGGGCCGCACCGACUUCGCCGAGCGCAUCGUGGCGAACCUGGAGAGUCGGCUGAGUAACUUGGACUCGUUGUCGGGAGUCCGACUGUUCCUGCCGGAUGAGUGGCCGAAGAGCAAGUUGGAGCGUCACGCACGAUGCGUUGAGUGGCUGCAGUCGCUGGUGACGCUGUUCAAGGCAGAGCAGGCAGAAGACAUACUGCCAGGUAUCAAGAAGCGGUAG